AUGAUUUGGGAAGAUCCUUUUUCCGUCAGGUUCAAAUCGUGGGGAGAACCUUAUGGUUUUAUGGAUCUUUUUUCAUAUUUUCUUGGUGAUGACGAUAAAGGAAAAUUUAGAGAUUUUGGAAUUAUUACCAAGUCAAAUGAACUGACACCUUUAUUUAAGUAUCCCACUUUCAUCAAAAUAUUGGUAUUAUCUCAUUUAGAAUUGCACCUGAAUAAUUGGAUUCGUCACCGUACACAACCUCAAAGUGAUGCUACCUUAAGUAGAGUAAGUAUGAAAAGAAGCGUUUCUUAUGACAAAUUUUUACCCGAAUUGUUUGAAAUCAUUUUUCAUAGUACAAAAUUCAUAUCAAAUAUUAAGAGGCUUAACAUUACCUUAAGUUCGAACAUUCAAGAAUUCGUGCUUACUUUAUCAACAUUAGCACCUUGCAUUAAACAGGCUGAAUUUUCUGAUUUUAACUGGAAUCUACCGGCUGUUAUCACAUCACAAAACCAACUUUCAUCUUUAACCCUUAAAGAAAUACAGAUGAACGAUCAAAUAUUGGAUGCCAUUAAGCAAUGUUUUAGAACUUCAAUCAAGUUUAUGAACUGUGAAUUUAAACAGUUUCAACCGUUAAUUGAUAACCCCACUUCAUUAAAAGUUAGAUCCUUGAGAUUAGUUGGCAAACUCACGGAAUAUUCCUCUUUAUUACAAAAGAUUGGUCAUGUGGAGAAUUUGUCAUCAAAUUAUCAAUUUCCCACGAUGAAAGAAAUGCUUUUGAUAGUGUUAUCAAGUACUGUACAAAGGUCAAAUUCCUUCAAAUAUCUAGUAUUGAUACUUUUGAUAUCCCUCAAAUAUUUCAAAACUUCUGGAUGGUUGGGUCCCGUGUUAUCAAAACGCUCGAGUUCAUUAAAAUAUUUGAACUUGUUCCUUUCAAUCGAUCCGAUCUUCAUGAGAAAAUUUCUUGAUCACGUGCAAAAUAUCGAUUUGAAAAAGUUAUUAAUUAGGAAUUGUCAUUACGAAGAUAUCGAUGUCGCUUUUGACGUCUUGAAAGAGUUUGCAGAGGUGCAAGUUAUAGACGAUUUUGUAUAUGAGAUUGUUGAUUAUUUUUGCAUUCACACCAAAGUGAGGAACUACAUCGACGAAGUUCAAAAGAACAAAUAUCCAGAUUUGGUCUUACGUAUUCCGGAUUUUGAAUGA